AUGUUAGUUCUCUUCGAGUCAGCGGCGGGAUACGCCAUCUUCAAGGUUCUGGACGAAAAGAAACUUCAAAAGACUGAUAACUUGUUCAAAGACUUCGAGAGCCGGACAAGCAACUUGGCCAAGCACCCGGCCUCCACCGUGCAGAUACUGGGCGCCGAGAAGUCGCUUUUCCGGGCGCUGAAGACCAAGCACGACACGCCCAAGUACGGUCUCAUCUAUCACGCGCAGCUGGUGGGCCAGAGCACGCAGAAGCUGAAGGGCAAGAUGUCGCGUAUGCUGGCAGCCAAGGCAGCCCUGGCCACUAGGGUCGACGCCCUGGGAGACGACGGAACGGGGACCGAGCUGGGAAUCGAACACAGGGCCAAGCUGGAGACGCGUUUGCGAGUUCUCGAGGAAGGCGGAGGUAACAGGAGAAUCAGCGGCACCGCGCGGGGCAAGGCGAGGCAGGACAGGUACGAACACAAGAGCUUCGUGCGUCAGUACGAACCUGCCGAAGAUUCCACGCUGCCCACGACGUCGGGUGCCGGCGCGAAGAGGAAGUUUAAGCAAGAAGAGGAGGAAGGAGGUGAGCAGGAGGCCGAUGACGUGCCUGAACCCAAACCCAAGAAGAAAAAGCAGGUGGCAACAGCUGAGGAGGUCAAAACCGAGACUGUCGCCCCCAAGAAAAAGAAGGUGAAGAAGGAACCCGAAGAAUCCGAUACACCCGCACAAGUCAAGACUGAGCCAGCUACCCCCAAAAAGAAGAGAAAGCGUUAG